AUGGCAGUCCUCCUACAGAGAUUAUUUGAAGAUUUUAUUGUAGAAAUAUCAACACAGAGAUAUGUCAUCAUCAUGGAAAACUACAGAUUCCUUGCCGAAAGGCUUACCAAUGAGUUGAAAGGGACUCGGCACGUUGAGGACGAAACGAAUGUGCCAAACAUCAGAAACAUUCUUUCCCACCCGUCAUUCAAAGACGAAGAGUUUGUGAAUUUUCUCACAGAAAUAGUCUGGAACAAUGACGUUCCCGCAGAAAUAUUGAACCAGAAGCUUGAUGCUCAACAACUUGAUGUUGAAGUUGCUUUUACCAAGGACACUCUAGAAAAGACCUGGAAGGCUGAUCCCAAUGUAACAGAUGCAGAUAAAAAAUCACCACUGCACUUUGCUGUUUGCAACAGAGAGGAAAAUGUUGUUGAAAAUUUGAUCCACCAUGGAGCCAAGCUGGAUAAUGUAGAUGAAUUUGGAAACAUUCUCCUACACAUUGCCUCUAAGGAAGGCUCCUUGCAAACUGUAAGUUAUUUAAUGGAUAUGAAGUCCGAGGAGAUUCUGGCUAAUGAUGAUAUAAUGUCGCUAUUUAACCUGGCAGUAGAACAUAACACCGAAGAUGUGGCAUGA